AUGUGCUUGACCUGGCUCGAGUGGCACUUGUGGCGAGAGCUGCAGCAGCAGCAGCAGCAGCAGCAGCAGCAGCAGCAGCAGCAGCAACAGCAGCAGCAGCAGCGGAGGCAGGACCAGGAAGCAACGUUCAAACGGAGGAGCAGCGGCGGUACCCACCGCAGCAGCACCAGCAGCAGCAGCAAAUGCGCAAACGGACGCCCUGAACCGCAGCAGCACCAGCAGCUGCAGCAGCAGCAGCAACAGCAGCAGCAGCAGCAGCAGCAGCAGCAGCAGCAGCAGCAGCAGCAGCAGGCCCACAUGCAGACGCCUCGGGUGAUGCUGGAGAGCCGCACUUCGCAGUCCAUCGCCCCCGUGGCAAUAAAGUCGCUGCCAAUAAAAGCAACUCCAAACACAUUCAGGUGGUGUCCUGCAGCAGCAGCAGCAGCAGCAGCAGCAGCAGCAGCAGCAGCAGGAUGA